GGUAAAAUAACAGUGAAAUAUUUAAAAGAAAAGCAAUAAUUGAAGCUUCCUCUACUUUUAAAUGUCAAUUCCUGUUCUUCACUUCCAGCAUUCAGUCUCAUUUGGAGAGCCUAAGAGCCAACCUGCUCUACAGUAAGACACUCUUCAAGAGAAUAGGAAAGCUUACACAAUGAACACCUGUCAACAUUGUUCUCGCUCCAGGAGCUCAUGGGUAACAUACUCCUCUAGGAACGUUCCCCACCCUCGGAUGCUCUGCCACAUACAAGGAUUAAACAAUAGUCCGAUCUGUUCUGUAAGACACAGCUGUUUCGGAGAACCCCCAUAUGCUGGCCAAACAGCCAUCCCUGAGCAAAAAGCUGACGGAGAGUGUGUGCUAAAUGGGAAUGCCAGAGGCAGCUCACCAGCCAACAACUGCCUUCCAAGGCUUGAGGCUUUCAUGCAGAGAUGGCCUGGUUCUUCACAGCUUGCGACACAACAUGGAGAAGGACUUGCAAAUGUUCCAGAGAGGACUCAAAGUGGCCCCAAAUCACCAGAAAAGCUUUUGAAAAAACGACCCCAAACCUCUGCACAACCAGCAACUGCCCAGGGAGUCCUCCGGACUCUCUCCCAGCCUUCUUCUGCAUGCCUCAACUCAAGUCACAGUCCUCACGCCCAGCAGAACACAGAUUUUGACCUAAGCUACCUGCACUGGGAAAUAAAGGUGCUCGAAAAACUGAGAAACGUUUUCCAGACAGAUUCACUUACAGAGAUCCAAGAAUGGCUCUCAAAGGCGAGUCUAAAAGAGAAAGUCUUCGUGUCCAGACUGAUUUGCUCUGAACUGACUGGUAAAGGCAGGCUGAAUAACCAGCCACAGGCAAUGCAGGAAGGUGCAGGAGAGAGCAUGAAUAUCCAGAGUUUGCUAAAGCCUCAGUCUCCUCAGAGAGGUCCAGAAGGAGAUAUAAAUAACAGGCCUUCAACUAACAGAUCAGAAGCAAGUCAAAACAUAAAGCAUGAAAUGGAUGAAGACCGUAUUUUGUUCUCAAGGCUGAGAAACAGAGGUCCAGCACAUGCAGACACAUCAUCCCCAGAGAAGAGUCAUGGCUGGCAAUGGAAACAAAGAGAUGUGCCCUUGAAUGCUGCCUUGCAGCAAGCAAAACAACAGACAGCCCCCACCCAAGGGAGGCCCAUAUCUUCAUAGCCAUUAAAGCAGCUGCAAGUCAUUUUCACAUACAGAAAUGCAUACUCUUAGCACUUACAGAUAUAAAAUUAGAACAAAUGUAAAGAAAUCUGUUCAGAUUCCCUUUUAAAAUUAUUUUCUGCUCAUUACAUUUGGCUCUCUGCAUAGGUACACGUGAAGUAAGCUAAAUGGAAACAGGCAGAAGCGAUGCUUUUCAGCAUCAGAUUUGUGUUUUUGCAUGAUCCACCUAGGCCCACGCUAAUAACUCUUGUUAUUCUAACUCUCUCAUAACUCUCGACAGUCACAGGCAUAAUGAGACAAGGAGAGGGUCACCACUUAAAAAAAAAAAAAAGACCCUGGGUUCUGGCUGCAGUGACUUCAGAUGUCUACCUCACAGCAAACCAUUGUGUACUUCCAUAUCUCCCAUUAUCAACAGAGCAGCAUCACAGAUUGAUUUUAGCAUCUGCAGCACAUGGGGCAAACUAAACAUGAAAACUGCCAUGCAAACCUCAAGCCACUGAAAUGUAGGCCAACAAUGACAGAAAAAUACCUGGACCUUUCUUAGGUCAAGUGAACUGUGAAAGCAGAAGAAUUAGAUUUUAUCUGAACACGUCCCUGUCAAUUCAUUCUCACAAAACCAAAGCAUGCCGAUAAAUAAGCCACAGUUCUACUGAUUUAUUAGGGAAAAAGAAAUUCAGUGAAAGUAGGUUCUUUCAAAACAACUGCCUCUUUGUUGGGAAAGGAGAGAAAGAGAGAAAUUCUGUUAGCACAAUGUUAUGGAAAAAGGAGCUUAGCUCUGAGCAGAGCUUAGCUUACUCUUCUAACAGCCCCUGUCAUCAUGUCCAAUCAUUCCUACCAUAACAGCCACCUCCUCCACUCCCACUUCUCUCUGCAGGACAGGAGCACACUGUGACCUGGGUGACAGUCCCAGCUCUGUGAGCAGCCAGUGAAAAGCCACUUGCACAGAGCAGUCAUUGCUCAGGUGCACUUGCCAGCUCAUACCACAGAUGCAGAAACUUAAACAAUUUAAAUGGGUAUCAGUUUCUGGGAUAUGUUAGGCAUAUGUCAUUUCCCUACAGCUGUCCAACUGUAUUAGCCUGUAGAUGGGAGCAGAUCUUCAAAUGGGAGGAGUUGACAAGCAUUAUAUUGUACAAGAUGAACCCCUUCCCUUCUACGGCGCUUUGAAGUUUCCCUUGUGUCUCGGGUAAUAACACUACAGAAGAGGUGGAAACCAAAUAGCAGCAAAACUGAACAGCAGGGCUGAGAGACCAUACAUCGAGUGAACAGUAACAAUAUCUGUGCGUGUACUUCUGGGCCAUAUUCACAUUGCCUUAAUUCUAUAUAAAUCUCUGCCCUAAGCAUUUCUUAUCAGCUGUCUCUCAGCAUCACGCUGUGUUAGUUGAGCCUGAAAAGCUUAAUUAAAUCUCAGAGACCUUGGAGACUCGUUACUGAAUAGAAUCAGAAUGAAAGGAAGGUUAGUACAGCUUCAAAAGCAUAGUUACGUUCCCUCUGUGAAGCUGGCAGGCUACCGAGCAAACACGUCAGAGCCAUUAGGUGAGAUAGUUUGCAAGGUUAGUUUUAAUCAGCCGCAUCUUCAAAGUUACUUCCCUUCAAAGCCACAGGCUACUGCUUUUGCUAGAUGUCCAAGACAAAUCUCCCUCAAAGGUGCUUCACCCAUCUAGGAAAAUCAUAGAAUGACUUGCUUGGAAGGGAUCUUGAAGAUCAUCUAGUUCCAACCCCCCUGCUACAGGCAGAGACACAUCCCACUAGACCAGGGUGCUCAAAGCCCCAUCCAGCCUGGCCUUGAACACCUCUCCAGGGAGGGGGAAU